GUUUCGAUUUCCCUUCCCAGUCCAUGCUCAUCUAUGACGUGCAAGGUUCUCUUUAUAAGCAGUGUAUAUAAGGAUCACCCACAACCCGCAAACCCUGUCCCUCCUCCAUCCUGAGAAAACACACCAGAGCAGCCCUGCAGACAGCUACCUGGAAAGCAAUUAAGACCAAGCUAUAAUCCAGCAAGACUUCAUUGCAUCACCGGAUUACAAACAUGAGUGCAACGCCUAAGCAGUCCUUAAAAUGCCUCUUGCUGAGGUUGGAUUGUCACUUUACUUGGAAUUUACAGAAGGAGGAUAUUGAGGUAUCUGAUGCAGAAGAGAGAAUUGAUGACCAACUGGAAUAUCUGACUAUGAAAUCCAAAGUCACCCUUUUUAACUUACUGGCCUAUGUGAAACAUCUAAAAGGCCAAAAUGAAGAAGCUUUAGAAAGCUUAAAAAAUGCAGAAGAAAGAAUUCAAGAAGACUACUCCAAUGAAGUGGAAAAAAGAAGCCUUGUGACCUGGGGAAAUUAUGCCUGGAUCUAUUAUCACCUGGACAGACUUACUGAAGCCCAGACUUACCUGGACAAGGUGCAGGCCAGUUGUAAGAAGCUGCAGAGUCCUUUCCCCUAUAAAGUGGAACUUCCAGAAAUUGAGUGUGAGAAAGGGUGGUCGCUACUCAAGUUUGGAGGGAGGUAUUAUGAGAAGGCUAAAGCCUGCUUUGAAAAGGCCCUGGAGUCAGAGCCUGAGCACCCCGAAUUUAACACUGGAUUGGCCAUUGUCAUGUACCGAAUGGAUGACUUUGAGAAAGAUGGCUACCGUUGUAAAAGCUUUUCUUUGAACCCUCUGAAGAAAGCACUUAGGCUGAAUCCUAAAGGUACAUUUGUUAAGGUUCUCCUGGCACUAAAGCUUCAGGACAUUCGGGAAAAUUCUGAAGGAGAAAAAUAUAUUAAAGAAGCCCUUGACCAAGUGGAAUCUGAGCCCUAUGUCUUACGCUAUGCAGCAAAAUUUUACCGGCGAGAAGACCAACCAGAGAGGGCUAUUGAACUCUUAAAAAAGGCCUUAAAACUGGUACCCACCUCUGCUUUCCUGCAUCAUCAAAUGGGACUCUGUUACAGGAAACAAAUGAUACAAAUCAAGAAGGCCACAAGGCACAAGCCUAGGGGAAAGGACAAGCAGCAAGUCGACAAACUAAUACAAACCGCCAUAUUUCAUUUUGAAACAGCCAUCAAACAGAAAUCUCUAUUUGUGUAUUGUUACUUAGACCUGGCUGCCAUGUAUGGUGAAGCAGGUCAGCUUGGAAAGGCCGAGAACUUUUUUCAAAAAGCGCUGACCAUAGACCAUGUCCGAGAAGAAGAGAAGCAGCAGGGGUACUUCAAAUAUGGCCGCUUCCUGGAAUUCCACAGGAGGGAUGGAGAACUUGCUAUGCACCACUAUUUAGAAGCGAUAAAAGUAAAGCCCACGUUUUGCACCACAAUUGUUGAGGCUUUGAAGAAUUUAGCUCUCAAACGGCUGAAGCAGAAUUGCUUAGAUGUAAAGAGCUUGGGAGCCCUCGGCUUCAUUCAUAAGCUCAACGGGGAGAAGAAACAAGCAAUAGAGUAUUAUGAAAGAGCCCUGAAAGAGGAUCCUAAAAACAGUGAUUACAUCAGUGCGCUGAUAGAGCUGCGUCUAUCCAUUUAAAAUCCCACAUUUCAGAAUGGAUUUUUAAUGAUUAAUUUUUCAAAACAACUUAAAAUACUUUGUGGGUUUUUUUAAAUUUUUAUUCCUUUUUACACAAAGUAGAUUACAAGGCACAGAUUUUAGUCAAAAGGGAAAUGUGUAGUUUUUAGCCCCUUGCUGAGAAAAUACAAGGGACCCUUGAAUUGGCAUGGCUUCAUCGUGAUUGGUUGACUGAGGACCACUGGAGGCUGCACGACUGUAUACCACUUGGACUCUGUUCCCAUAUAUGCUCUUGGGGGUUUCCAGAGUUACCUGUAGCAAGAUGGGCAGGUGAGGGAGGGCAAGGCAUUCUCCUCUAUCAUUUGGCUUCACUAGUUACUUGCAUGAAUUUUUAAUAGAAGAUGGAGAAAUCAAUAAGAUUAUCAGCCAGUGUUAAAAUGGAUUGAAAACACGAAAGAGAAAUUGUCCCUAGGAAUUUUCAUAGUAUAUACUAAACCUAAAAAAUAGUAAGAAAUCUGGCUCCUAAGUCUAACAAAAGCCAGUUACUUGUGUGCAUUAGAAAUGACAAAUUUUUAUUUUUAAAUACCUUUUAUUAUAAACUGAUAUUGGAUCUUAUAGUUAGGGAAAUACAAUCGAGGAUAAAUAAAAUCAAGUUAUCUCUAGGUUUCCUAGCUAGAAAAAGAAAUAAUCUGAAUCAUAACUAUGAACCAUAUCCAUAACAUGAAUAUUUUUCAUCAAAAAACUUUUUAUCAAUUGAAAUUACAAAGGGUAAGUAAGUCUCAGAGGUUGUUGGGCCAUGACCAGCAAAUAAUACAGUAUUUAAACCCAGGUGGGACCCCUAAGUAAGAAUUGUGGUGUUUGACCUGAACCUAGAUAGCCCAUCACACUGUCCUACUUUGUGGUCUUCAAUCAAAAGGACAUUUUGAGUCUUUCAGAAUAGCUUUUGAAUUUUUUUCUUUUGCCUAAGGGCUUGAGAAAGACAGCUUGGAUCUCCUGGGAAUCAUCUGGGCUUUUUCAACUUCCAAGUGCUAUGGAGGGGAGACAGUUGUUUAAAGACUCUAAGAUCCCAGAAGCUGUAUAACUCCAGUGCCUCUAUAUCUGACUUUUGUUUAUAUCCCUUUUUUUUUUACUGUAAGACAAAUUUAUCUUCAUAAUCAUGGUAUUAAUGAAUAUGUAGAAAGUAAACUAAUAGCAUUUCCAAAGAGAUAAUUUUAACAAGUAAGAAGAGGGAAAUAUAACAAAGAAUAUGUUAUAAUCAUAACAAAGAAUUCACCUGCAUCCCCUCCCUCCAAAAACAAAUCUGUGAGAGGUGAUUCUGGUAGAUGGCAGGUUACAACAACAGUGAGGACAAUUGGAUUGGGGGAGUCCAGGCCUAAACAUUGGAGUUUGAAGAAGUGGUGUGUGUAUGUGUGUUUGUGUGUGUGUGUGUGUGUGUGUGUGUGUGUGUGUAUGUGUGUGUGUGUGUGUGUGUGGUCUUAGAGUAGGGGAUGAGACAUUCAGAUAACAAUUACUGCUUAGAGGUGGAGGGCUCUUCCAAAGAAAAAAUGUACCCCAUCCCUUUAAAUAUCAGUGCCUUGGGGCAAAGCCCCUACUUUCUACUUUCCCCAACAUCUGUUAAAACUCUGUUAUUAAAUAAGACUAAUCUUUUCUUAGCUCCAAGCAAGAACAAUGCAGUUAACACCUGCCACUUUAAUGCCUUCAUUCUUCUCCAUCAUUCCAACAUUCAAGGUCAUCUCCAAUCCUGGCAAAGUGAAAGAUCCACAGGAGACAUCUAGCAAUUCCAAUUAGGGCCAUACCAACCUAGAGGCUUCAGCCUCACUUUUCUUUUCCUCGAUGAAGUACCAAAUCAGUCCAAAGAGAGAAAGUGAACUUGAGUCAAAGGAAAAAAAAGGUUAAAGAAAGAAAGGAGACAUGAAGAAGAAAGCCAUUUCUGAAUAAGACAGUCACAAAAUUGGGGGCAGGGGGAUAGAAGUUUAUUUAAGAUGGACAGGAGGUAGUGAUCAGGUCAGUAAUAAGUAUAGAUUCCUUCUGAUGUAAUGGUAAAAUUGACCUGGUUGCUUACUCUCUGAUCUGUGUGUGUAUGUGUGUGUGUUGUGUGUGUUGUGUGUGUAUGUGUAUUUUCUCAAGAGAAUAUUAGAUUACAAUAAGAAUGAAGUAAAAAAUUAGAAUUUUGAUUUUUUUGAAUAACAGAUUGCUAGUUCCAGUUACUAUUAAAGUUCUUAAUAAGAGUUUUGAAACUUAGGAAUUCAUAAAAGAAUUAGAAAACCAUGUAUAAAGAAAUAGCAUUUACUAAUACAUGAAAAGGCUUGGGGUCUACAGCAAAAUACUCAGAAGGAAUAAAAAGAAUACAAACAUGGUGAUUACUAGAACCUUGGGUAUAUUGCACUUUGGGAGGAAGAUUGGAAAUUGAUAAUAAUAAUUCUUUGGAGAGGCUGCCCUCUGUUCAGUAUAACCAGUUCCACUUGGCUCUAUAUCACUUUCCCUAGGUGAAGUGGGAUACCUUCAUAUAUCAUAGUAGCUUCCUAAGGCAGCUGAAGGUCAUGGGAUUUAUAUAGAGGUAGAGGGUCUAGUUCAAAUAUAUCUGCUUGUUUUCCCAUAUUUGAUGUAACAAGCAGGAAAAUGUUAAACAUUGACUAAAAAAGACUGGAUACAUCAAAUAGAAUGUAACUGUACCAGGUGAGAUAGAGAUGCAGCCCUUCAAUUAAUACAGUUAACUGGAGUCCAAGCACAUUCGCUUGUAGGUCACCCACCUUCAGCUGCCCUUUCAACUCAUAUAUUUACUCAUAUUCUCCUAAGUUCUAUAGGGAUCUAAGGACCUGUUACAAUCAUUAAUUUCUCUUUCAAAAGCUUGUAAUCUCUUUUCAGUAAUGAAUAAAUUAUCCCAAAUAUCAAAUAUUAAAUAUUAGAUAAACUAGAGAAACCUUCUUUCCCAUUAAUAAUUACUCUUGUUUCUCUGUAAUUAAAUAAACAUUAAAAUACUCGAUCACCUUA